AUGAAGAUUGUUGUUGUUGGUGCCGGCGUCAUCGGCCUGACCACCGCUCUGACCCUCAAACGCAAGCUGGACUGCGACCUCGUCGUCGUGGCCAAGGAAUUACCCGGCGACGCAGACCCUAUCUACACCUCCACCAAGGCAGGAGCACAGUGGUCCAGCUCGCCGGGAAACAAGCGGGCGAGGUUCUCGUACCGGAUAUUCGACGAGCUGAGCAGAGUCCCCGAGGCCUGGGUCGCGAAGAUCCCGCUCUACAAGGGGGAAAUCGACCCUCAGGGCCCUGCUACAGAGCCGGAGCUCAGGUCGUUUGUGGACAACUACGAGUGGAUCGGCGAGGACCCGCAGAAAUUCCCCGGAGUCAGCCACAUCUACAAGUUCGACACCUUCACCAUCUCUCCCCCGCAGUACCUGGCGUAUCUGGCGGGCGAGCUGCUCAGACUCGGCGUGGCUAUUCAGCGCGGUGUUGUGCGUAACUUCCAGGACAUCGCAGCCGACUAUAGGCCACACGCUGCUGAUCGAAAACACGCUGCCGUACCAGGUCAUGUUCAAGGAGAACAAUCCCGUCGAAGAGGGCGAGUUCCUCAUGCUGUUCCCGAGAAAAGAGGGCUGUGCCGUGCUGGGGGGCAUCUACGACGCGCACUCGCCCGCCUUCGACACGUCUGUCCACGCCGACUACGUCGAGCGGCUCCGGGCCAAGGCCACCAGGCACCUUCCAGAGCUGCAGGGCGAGAUCCGCGUCCUCAAGCACAACAUCGGGUUCCGGCCGCACAGGGACGGCGGCGUGCGGAUCGAGGUCGACCCGGAAAACCCAAAACUGGUCCACAAUUACGGGUGCAGCAAUCUGGGCUUCACAGAGAGCUGGGCCUGUGCUCAGGAAGUCUUGGACCUCAUUAA